AUGGAGAGGUGGUGCCACACAGUGUGUGGGUUGGAGUCUGAAUUUUCACUUAUUAAUGAAGUGACUGUGGAGAUUGAAGAUCUAGAAAACGCCAAGGUCAUCUCUCCAGUGGCUUCUGUCUCUGAUCCAGAGCCUCAUUCCUCACCCUACAGGCCACAGAUGGUACCUCCAGUGAGCAAGGAUGCUGCGGAAGAUCUGCAGAAAGCGGCCAGUGCCUUGGAGGCUCAGGCCUUGGUGGAACAGGAAUUGCAGCCUGCAGACCAGGCCCAGGUCCUCAACAAGAUGGCUAAGUAUCAAGCUCCAAAGAGGUCUGGGGACAUCGUUAUGAUCCAGUCUGAGCACACGGGAGCUAUAGAUAUUCUUUCAGCGGAUUUGGAAUCUGCAGACCUUCUGGGGGACCACAGGAAAGUCUCCCCGCCACUGAUGGCUCCUCCGUGCAUCUGGACCUUUGCCAAGAUGAAGGAAUUCAAAAGCAAGCUGGGCAAAGAGAAGAACACCUGCUUGGUGGUGAAGCGGGGUGAGGUGGUGACCAUCCGGGUUCCUACCCAUCCAGAGGGGAAGCGUGUCUGCUGGGAGUUUGCCACCGAUGACUAUGACAUUGGCUUUGGAGUUUAUUUUGACUGGACCCCUGUAACCAGCACUGACAUAACUGUGCAGGUCAGUGAUUCGAGUGAGGAUGAAGAUGAAGACGAGGAAGAGGAGGGGGAGCUGGAAGACCCUGUCCCAGUUGGAGAUGUGGAGAGAGGCUCCAGGAGCUCCCUGCGGAGUCGCUAUGGGGAAGUCAUGCCUGUAUACCGACGGGACAGCCACCGAGAUGUGCAGGCUGGCAGCCAUGACUACCCUGGCGAGGGCAUCUACCUGCUCAAGUUUGACAACUCCUACUCCCUGCUACGCAACAAGACUCUCUACUUCCACAUCUACUACACUAGCUGAAGGCCCUUGGGGACUGGGCAGGUGGUGUUUGCUGGCUGAGUAGGCUGCCAGCUGGUGCCUCUUGUUUUGACAGGCAAGAGCUCGAAGUUGAGCGUGAGGCUUCUGACCCUCAUGCCCCACCUGGCAUGCCUGACUGUUGACCCCACAUAGCUUUUCCCCAUCCCUGGCUUCUGCAGGUGGUGGUGUGGUGCCCCUGUUCUGUGGUCCCUGAACUCACACUCUUCUUGCUUCAGACUCCAGCAAAAUCCCUCUGUGAAGGUGCCCAUCAGGCAGAAGCCUAAAAGCAAGUUGGGUGUUUUCUUUUAAAGAUAGGUUUUGGUACAAGGUGUAUUCCAAUUGCUGCUCUCUCUUCUGCCAGAGCUUUUAUUGCAGAUGUGGUCGGUGGUACCCUCUCUCCUUUUGGAAGUGCUGGAAGGGGAAAAGCAUAUUGUGCAUGAAGGAGCCCCGUUUCCUGGCUGGAGAAGGCUCUGUCCAGCCUCUCAGCACUGCCAUAUUCCUGCCUGCUGGUUCUCCGUGGUCUCUAGAACUGGCUGGGAGCCCUCACAGCCUUUGAGGGGUAUUAUUAGCCCAUUGGCUCGCCUCUGCCUCUUUGCCGCCUCUUUUCCCUUUCCAGGCCUGUGUGUUUGCCAUCACAGCAAGAACUUCGGUGCAAUCCAAAGUGAUGAUCAAUGUAACUGGGAUCCUCUGGGAAGGAAAGCUGCCUCCAUCACUUCCUGUUUGAAGAGGCAGUGUCUCUUACCAAGGACACUAGUGGUUGAGGGGGAAGGGUGCCAGCUAUGUACUGGAUCGAUGCCAGAACCCACAUCUUUGAAAGUCAAGUGUUACUAACUUUUUUCUUUUUUUUUUUUUGUAUAGUCAAACAAGGGGUAUCAUCUGAGAGAGAAAGUUUAAAAAACACACACACAAAACACCCAGAUUCCCCACCGUUUUUUUCUUUCUUUAGAGUAGGAAUGUUAUUUAGAAAUUUUGCUUUGGAACCAAUCCGACUUCCCAAGUUUCUGUGUUUAGGUUUCUUGCAAAGGGGGCUUCAAGCUUUUGAUGUUCCGAGUCUCCUAGGAAAGGUGGCAAUGAGCUUCAUUGUUGCUGCUGAUUGGCUGUGUUCUUCCCUGGUGAUGGCCUUUGCCACCCAGGAGUGCCGCAGGGUGCCGCAGUCAGUGGUCACCUCAGCAGCAGGGUGGCGGGUCCUCAGGCAGAGAAGGGGCCACGGCACUUGUUGGUACCUUCUUGUUUCUUAUUCCUUGUGUCAAGUCUGUUACUGCCUUAGAAUUUUGAGGAAUAAUUAGAUUUAUUUAUUACUUUAUUUAUUUAUGCUAACACAUUUCAUUUUGUCUUUGAAACAGUUUCCAUCUGUUUCUUAGGCGGCUUCCGUCCGCUCUGAGCCAUUGAGCAACUUCCUCUGUGGAGUUGAUGACGAUUUUAGGAGAAGCCGGGAAGUGAUCAUGUUCCAUUCCUGCAGGUCAGUCCCUGUGACGCUUUGGGAGGAACCUGCCCCUUCUGAAAUGGGCGAUGCUAACCUACCCCAGCAUCCCCUGUGCAGAAGUCUAGGUUGUGAGGAAAUCUGCCCAUUUGCCUCUGGUUGAGUGUAGAGGACUUGACUAGCCAAUCAGAGAUGUCCUGUGAUUCCAGGAUGUCAGUCUUUUGCCUGCUCUGAAGAGUCACCUUCAUGCGGUGUUUCCUCUGGCUCAUUCCUUCCUUGGUGGGUGCCUUGCACCAGGCCUCUCUUACAUAUAGGAGCAGGAAAUGGAAGAACAGGGCUCCUCAAAAUAGGUGUGUAGUAGCAUCUGCUACAUGAACAAAGGGUGAUACAGCCUUCACCUUCUAUUUCUCUGGGAGCAGAGCCCGAAGUAGGUGGGACAUUGUGGACUGCCAUAGCAUCCCCCUUCUCUGAGCAGCAUCACACCGCCAUUAUUUUAUAUUCGAGUACAUUUUGUAGAGGAUUACACUAGCCAAAAUUUAUAUACUUUGUAAGAAAUUAGAAUUUAUUUUAGUGACUAUUUGGACAGCGAAAACCAGCUUGCUGUGCGUCAGCCCAUCAGAUAGCCGAGUGACCACUCUUUCAUCACAUUAGCCUUUGCUAAUAUAAUCUUAUAAAAUAAUUUUCUACUGAGCUGUUCUCCAAUCAGCUGAAGCUUUGCUUAUUUUUCCUGCUUAUUACUAACUUCUGACUUUCUCUUAAAAUGGAGCUGCCAGGCCAUAGCAAGCUCCCUGGAUAAAACUUAUUAUUUUUGCCAUGAGAGUCUCUAUACUUAUUUUCCUUGGAAUCCUAGUUGUGUUGCAUCAGGGAAGCCUGAGGGACUUGUUCCCGUCGCCUCUAUGUGCCUCUUACUGUCUGGUCACUUUUGAAGUUCUGGACGUGGCUACAUUUCAUUCUAUACUGAUGUUGCCCUGACAGUCAGGGUUUCUCUGUUCCAUUUGCAUAAAAUAGCUAAAAGAAGGUAUUUUUUAAUUCAUUCACUAUUCUCAUAUUAAAUUUCUGAAAUUAUUGAACUGUGGGGACAAAAUAUUAUUUACUGAAGCACAGGUAAUUACUGAGAAUUUCACAGCCCAGCAGAUCUUGAGAGGUAGUUAUUUCCUUAGUCUCUCCCUAUACAAGUUUAGGGAACCAAACAAUGAAAAGACAAAUGAUUUGUUUUCACCUUCCCCCUGUCCUCUAGGGCACAAAUAAAUAUUAACAAACAAUAGAAAGAAAGUACUUACUUCAUCUUAAGAGAGAGACUAGAAUUCUCUACACAGAGUGACUGAAUCCUUAAAUUUCUUCAGUUUAUUUAGUUUUGCUACUUUGUUGAGAGAUGGCUUUUAGAAAGGAAGACAUGUUUAAAGGGCUAAAUUUCUCAACAUUUACUAUGAAAAAUUUCCAGGAAAAUUUUUAAAAGAAAUGUAUAGUAAACGUCCUUACGUAUACCACUACCUAGAUUUUAAAAUUAUAAGCUGCUAAUUUUUAGGCAAAGAUGAUUCUACCAUUCUGUUCCUUUUUACAAGUGUCCAAUUAGUGUAUGUCCCCUGCACAGA